GCUGUGGGAUGCGGUGACGCGUCGGUGGGCGGGCUCCGGCGGCGCGAGGAACAGAGAGCGGACUCGGGAGACAUGGCGGAGGACAAAUACCUGCCCGAGCUGAUGGCCGAGAGGGAUAGUCUCGACCCUUCCUUCGUGCACGCAUCGCAGCUGCUCUCCGAAGAAAUUCAAAGAUUUCAAAAAGGAGAGAAAAAAGAUGAAGAAAAGAGAUUCCUUGAUGUUCUGACACAGAAAAACAUCAAGCUUUCUGAGCGAUGCCUGAUACCAGUUUCACAGUUUCCAAAGUUCAACUUUGUAGGGAAACUACUUGGACCGAGGGGAAAUUCAUUGAAACGGCUACAAGAAGACACUGGCACAAAAAUGUCCAUCCUUGGGAAAGGCUCAAUGAGAGAUAAGGCCAAGCUGAGAGGUCCAAUCAAGAGUCUGGCAACAUCAGGGAAGAAGCUGUUCUUGAAUCCAGCGGAAGACGAGCUUCGUAAAGGAGAAGAAGCUAAGUAUGCACACUUGAACUGUGAUCUGCACGUUCUUGUUGAAGUCUUUGCACCUCCUACUGAAGCAUAUUCACGAAUGUACCAUGCAAUGGAGAAGCUUAAAAAAUUUCUUGUACCCGACUACAAUGAUGAAAUAAGACAGGAGCAGCUGACUGAGCUGGCAUACUUGAAUGGCGGGCAAGAUGCAUCCCGCGGGAGAGGUGUACGUGGCCGCGGCGCUCCGCCUCUACCAUUUGCAAGGGGCCGUGGUGUGGCGCCACCCCCACCUUCCCCUCAAUACGGACCACGAGGUGCGAUGACGCGUGGAGCAGUUGUGAGGGGAGCCCCUGGAGGCCACAGAGAGGUGGCGAGUGGGCGCGGUGUCGCCCCAGCACAGAGGGGUGCCCCAGCGCCUCGAGGCCGGGGGACACCUGCAGUGUACAGGCAGCCACUCCACCCGCCGCCUGCUCAGGAGAGCUAUGAUGAAUAUGGCUACGAUGAUGGCUAUUCAGAACAAAAUUAUGAUAAUUAUGAAAACUAUUAUGAUCAAGCACAGGGCGAUGCUGAAUAUUUUGACUAUGGACAUGGUGAAGCACAGGAUACAUAUGACGAUUAUGAAUCAGGACAAAUGGGCCAAGGCCGUGCAGCCUUAAGACCUGUGCCACAACCGCUUUUUCAAGAAUUAAGCCAGGAAGAUUGGAGUGCAGGACGAGCCAACAGGAAGGCACCAGUAAGGCCACUCAAGAGAAUGUACAGAGAACAUCCCUAUGGGCGAUACUAAGAGCAGCCCCUGACCGUGCGCCCUUAUACAUUGCUUCAAUCUUCUAUGGUCACCAUCUUGUUAUCAACUGUGAGACAAGUAAUAGUCCAUUUGUUUUCUACUCUGGAAAUUUAUUGGGUGGACUGAUUUAUGUACAUGUUUAGGUAAUUAGAACCCAUGAUAGUGCAACUCUGGCAUGAUUGUUUCAAUAAAUUAGUGGGCAGUAAGUUCUCAAAUGAUUAGAAUGCUUUGUUUUUAUACUGUUGCUGCAUCUGUCAAUUUAUAUGUAUGUGUAAAGAUGGCUUUUAUUUGCCAUUUGAUUUUAAUUCUGCUGUGUAGGUAUUUUUAGGCUUGUUUACCUAGACACUUCUGUUAAUUCAGUUUAGACAAUGUUUAAACUGAUCUGGAGUUGCAGAAUUCAAUUGGAUUACAUGAGCUGCAUUUCAAACUUGUCAAGUUAAAUCAAAUUGUUGCCACAUUCCACUCACUUGCCUCGCUACAGAUCUGUUCAUAGUAAUGAAGCUUUGCCAAUCUCUUUGCUAUUACCUAUUCUUAGUGUUUGGAGCCUGUAUAAAUCCCUUGUUUUAAGCCUAAUAAGUGUGUCAGUGUUUGACAAAGGAUCUCUUAACCAGGAGAGCAAGUUUUUAUAAAGGGAUGUUACGUACAUUUGAUUUUUGAUUUGUUCUUUUUCCAAAGACCCUCCCAAGGUUUGCGUGUUGGCAAUUCAUUAGAAUUUGCCAUGGCAUCUUUUUCAUUUCUGCUGGAAGGGAAAUUUGUCAACAUUUUAAUUAAAAAAAAAAAAAAAAAAUUGCUUCCAGCUUGCAGAAAGCUUGGUUGCAAUCUUUGCUCGUUAUGUGGGAUUGUUCAAUGCAGGUGGCUUCUUAGAGCACCAUUUUAGUUUUUGGUAUGAAUUGAUUUGGAUUACAAAAAAUAUGUACUUGUCCAAAUUGCUUAUUAUUCUCGAAAGGACCGUCCGUGACAGUCAUUCAGCUCACGGUGCCUGAUCUCAGCUCUUAUGUUAUUUUGCAUUUUAAUUAAGUUUAGGUAACUGGCCAAGCAGCUGCAGUAAUAUAUUUGUCAACACUGCUAGGAGGCAUUGCAAGAAAUGUGGUAGUGAGGGUAGGGAGAUUUUACUUUCCUCUGGCUGAUCUUCCUGAAGCUUGGGGUUACCCAACCUCAGAAGCUGUACACAUGUCUCCACAGCAAUUACUGAACAUUAAUGAUGUUGAAGAAAACAUUUUGAAGGACGUUUGACACCAUUAUUUUAGCACAUGGGUAGGUUUUGGGCAUUUGCUUUAGGGUUUUUGUGUUGGAUCUGUAGGAACCUAAUUUUCAUGGAGAAUGUCUGUCACUUUGUACAAAAGUGUUUCAAGUGUUUGGGUAGCUGGGAUCUUGUAUUCAGGCAUUUAUAGUAAUUUAAGAGGUGAACAUUUAGCAAAAAUUAUGGUCCAUCAUGUGAGAAAUAAUUCUGGAAGCUAGUGGAUUUUCUUCAUUCCAUUCCCCAUUUUCCAAAAUGCUACUUUUUCCAUUUCCCCUCAGUGCUUCUGGCAAACUUCGAGAGGGUCUUACUGCUAAUGUAAAAAGGGACACUGCAGCUAAAAUUGAGUUUGUGUGUUGUUGGAAGUUUAUAACCACAAAUGUCUGUUAUCCUUAAUCUGUGCCUGGACAUAAAUAUGCAUUACACUCCUUGUGUGAGCCUGCCUAAAUAGGUAGCUAAACAUUUGUCCGACACAAUUGCACCAGUUUGUCAAUAAAGUUUAAUUCUUUUGUAUAGAACUAAACCGAAUUCCCUCUUUUCCUUAGAAAUAAAAUCUUUCUGUUCCUGCAGUACAAUAAACAUUUCAAUAUAUAAAUUUAAAGAC